CAAAGCCAGUCGAUCAACUGACUCUGACGUCGUGUUAAAAUAGUAUUAUUUUCUCACUGAUGAGAUUUCGCCCUACAAACUUCGCUUCUCCAUUAAAGUGCUGGAUGUACGCUCUUGACGUUGUCGUCGUCUUUUGGGGAAUGUGCGAAAUGAAUUGACAAUAUUGUAGCUAUAGUGGUGUGUGUGUUGUUGCUGUUGAUUUGGCGCCCCGAUCAUCUGUUUUGGCGCAAUUAUAACAACUGAAUUCUUCUGUAGCGUUCCUGUGUAUGUGCUUGUUUAUGUAUAAAUGUUCAUAUGGUUGUAUGAAUGUCAAAGGAUUUAGAAGCAAGUUGCUAAAUAUGAAUGAAUUUUUUUUGUGAGAGGUCAGAUACAGCCAUUUGAAUAUUAUUUUUUAAAGUAAAGCAUAUGCGUGUGCGCGAUCAGCUAUUCGACGGUGGUGUUUCAGCUUAUAUUGUCUAUUUUUGUUAUUCUUUGCCCCCAAAUUUUCGGCGGCAAAGUUGAUGUUUUCGCGCCAGCUUUCCCGAUGUUGACGGUCGCGUUUGCAUGCGAGGCAUUACUCGCCGCGUGGAUGCAGUUUAUACGUUUUGACAUUUCAUUGCGGUAUUGUGGUUGUGAAGUGCGCGCAGUCAAUGGCUAACUUUUGCUUGUAUUUUAAAAGAUCUCUGUUUCGCAAUUGGAAAGUAGUUAGUGAAGGGUCAAUUAAAGAAUUGAAAUACCCGCUCAAGUCAAAAAUGAGUUAUAACAUGAACACAUAUUACAAUAAGGUUGAAAAGAAUCGGAGUAACGAAAUCUGUACUGUAAAUCCUAGUGAACCAGCUAGUAGCCAUAAAAACAAAAGUGACCACAAGAGUUAUAAAAUGCAAAAUACCACAAAGCAUCGUCAAAGUAAACUUCCGUAUAAUGUAGAAAAUCGUAGAAAAAUUACGUCAACUGAUGAAAACUCUAAUACAACGCCAAUGUAUGCAACGUCCUCUUGGUUCCAGCCACCAAUAACGUCGAAAUCGUUACAAUAUAAACACUUACAGGGCUCACCGUCAAAGUCUACAGUUACGUCAUUGGAAACUGCGGAUAUAUCAGCAAUUGAAGCGUCGUCAACAUCACCAUCAUCGUCUUCCAUAGAUUCGGUGUUAUUACGUGGCUGGUCUCCAGUGCCAACUACAUCUACAGAUACCUCGCACUGGUAUGCAAAAAUUAAUAAUCGCAGGGAAACCAGCAAGCGUAAAAGACAAGAUUCUGUUAAUGAAGCGCAACAUGAUCCCGACCUAGGCUGCGAUUUACCGACGGCUAAGCGCAAGCAAACGCUACCCUCGCCAUAUACAAGUGAUGUAAGUUCUGUGGCGUCAUCGGUGUAUCCAUCGCCAAUUGAUGUGUUCUCUCAUGAAAUCGACACGCGCAGUUCUUGCGACUACCUCUCAGCCGGAACCGACUUUGAGGCCACUGCGGAUUGCAUACCCGACAGUCCAAGCAGUUUACGGCCAGACGAUGAAGCUAUCGACGUGGAGGAUGACGAAAUUGUAUCUGCAACGACAUCACCAUCUUCGGAAUGUUCAACCAGUUGUUUCAAAGAUGCGUAUCAUUUAUAUAAAAUGCACGCCGUCACCCAAUUAGGAGAACGUACCCCUGGCCAAAUUACUGAAAACACAGAUAAAAUUGUCGAAACAAAAUUGGUUAAGGCAUACGACGAUGACUAUACAGGUACACCAUAUAAUUGUAUGACACCGGCAGCGGAACCAGAAGAGUUGCGACAAUGUCCCUUACCUGCAUUAAGUUGGGCAAAUGCAUAUGAUGUUUGGCAAUUGAUGUGCAAAAAGGACCAACAAGCAGCGUGCUUACGCUCAGGUUCAAUGUUGGAACGACAUCCCAGCUUACAGCCGCGUAUGCGUGCUAUCCUGCUUGAUUGGUUGAUUGAGGUUUGCGAGGUAUACAAACUACAUCGCGAAACCUACUACUUGGCAGUGGACUACUUGGACCGCUAUCUAAGUACGCAAAAGAAUGUACAGAAGACUCAUCUGCAACUGAUUGGCAUAACUUGUCUUUUUGUCGCUGCGAAAGUUGAAGAAAUAUACCCGCCCAAAAUUGGUGAAUUCGCCUAUGUGACGGAUGGCGCAUGCCAGGAAUCAGAUAUAUUGCAACAUGAAGUGCUGCUACUGCAAACGCUCGAAUGGAGUAUAAAUCCGGUUACACCAAUGGGAUGGUUAGGUGUUUACAUGCAAUUAAAUGUGAAUAACCGUACUCCGGCGUCGUUUAAGCGUAACACAUACAAAGCCAAAUCAACGGUGACAACAGAUGAGGCAUAUAAGAACGAUGCUUUUAUUUACCCGCAAUUUUCAGGAAUGGAAUUUGUACAAACUGCUCAAUUAUUGGACCUAUGCUCACUGGAUUUGGGUAUUGCCGACUAUGGUUAUUCCAUUAUUGCUGCAGCGGCCAUGAGUCACACUUUCAAUAGAGAGAUAGCGUUGCGUUGUUCGGGAUUCGAUUGGCAAACGAUUGAGCCAUGCGCGCGCUGGAUGCGACCUUUUUUCGAAGUUGUACGCGAAGAGUCUACUUACCUGCCCAUGUCGGAACAAAAUGAACAAUUCACAAAUCGUUUCGGUUUAGGUCAUAUAUGCCCCAAUAUUAUAACCGACGACUCGCAUAUAAUACAAACGCACACAAUAUCAAUGGGAAUGUUUGAUCGCACUGCACAAUUACAAGAGCUUGCUUUGGCAACUAAAAACCGUACGGAGGCCUCUCCAGCUACUGGUUUAUUAUGCCCAGAUGGUUUGUUGACGCCUCCGGCGUCUAGUCGAAAACCGGUCGAUGUGACAGAUGUCGAUGAAGAUCCUGAUCCAACUUCCAUUCAACGGAUAAGCACCACAGUUAAAACAUGUAAAAACUCUUUAACCAAAUCUACAAACUCAGCAAUUGAAGUUGCAGUCAGUGCAGAAAAAAAUGUGCUCACGUAAACCUCAAGUAAAAUAAUACAUAGUAUACAUAUAUAGAAAACCCCUUACAAACAAUCUAAUCAAGUAAAUUAUUCAAAAUAUUAUAAAUACCAUAUAUUAUACGUUUAAACGUUUAGCAAAAUUAAAUUUAAUUUAGUCAUUAAUGUAGUAGUCAAAUAAAAAAAAUAAAUAAUUUUAAUGUUUAUAAGGCUUAUGUUUAAACUACUAAAAUAACAUGUAAAUAAUAAUUAACACAUUGAAAGUAAGUUAAUUUGCGAGCUGUUGUUAUAUCUUUACUUGCAACAUUUUUAGAGGAUAUGAUUAAUGUGCCGUUUUAAGGUGUUAUUGUUUAAAGUAGUUAAAUACCACAAAUUUAUGGUGCAAA